AUCAUGAACCGUUCUUCUAUUUACUCUGGAAUGACAGAUUUCUUUAUUCAAAUCUAAGGUAAAUUGUAACAAGCUGGAGCAUUUGUAGUAUAAAGUCAAAAGAGAUUCAUGGAUUGAUACGAGUUCAAAAGAUACAUGCUGGGUUCUAGAGUUGUUGUGUGCUUGGCUUGUGUGUUAUAUCAUGAAUACGUUAACAAGUAAACGCUAGAAAAAUAGAAAACACGAAGUAUUUAAAAUUCACGGUCUACAUUUAACCGUCUAUGACUUUUCAUAAAUUUCGACCUUACCUCCGAAGUUCUUUUUAUAGAUGACACCUUGAUAAAUGGAAUUUAUGUCAAUAUCCAAUUGAUAUGUGUUUUUUAGGGAAGAAAAUUACAAUGUUCUCUAGUUUGAUCUAGGAUAUAGACGUAUCAGUCAAAAAUCGACGCUUGUAAAAUAAACGUCAGUAUCAAUUACUCAUACCCCAGUUCAAAUAUUCAAAGACUUUUUUUUAAAUAAAUCAAGUGGAACUAACAUGAUUGACUUCUAGAUGUUACAAAAUUUCUCGAACUGUAUUGCAAUCGUAAACAAAGCAUAUAGUCACAAAAGAGACAAGUUAGUUUGAUUUAUCUCCGAACAUUUCAGAGGUUAUCCUGGCUUUCCUCAUCUAAAAUAUUACAUUUAAUUAACAUUCCAAGGAAAUUCCUUAAUCAUGGAACACGUUCAGAACUGCACUGUGAUUUCAUCAAUGAAUGCAUCAACUGACAAUUCCACUUUUAUAGAACUGGCCAUGAAAAUAGCAAGGAUGCAGCAUCUGUUAUAUGGAGUAAUCGUACCAAUGGUUUGUGCCUUUGGAUUUGUUGGUAAUAUUCUAAACGUUAUUGUAUUUACAAAAAAGAAAAGUAACAAGACCUUAGAUGACGUUGAAUACUGCACAACUAUAUGCCUGGUGGCUUUGGCAAUAUCCGAUAUGAUGUUUUGUCUUACAACUUUCCCCAAUGCGUUUCUCUUACAACGACAUCUGUAUCAGAAGUCAGAGUUCAUGCUUUACUACAGGAUGUAUAGUAUCACUGUAAUAAGUACAUUUAUAAUGAGUAGUACAAUGAUGACGGUACUAACUGCAUUUAUGCGUUACCUAGCAAUAUGUCAUCCGUUUCGCUCAAGACAAUUCAUUACAAUAAAAUCAACAAUAACCGCUAUUGUGAUUGCAUAUCUGAUAUCAUUUGCAUUCAACAUACCAUACAUAUGGCGUUACCGAACGGAAAACUACUGCGUCAAUAUAGGUGAUCUGGUAACAAUCGAAGAUGGAACUUUAUUUUUUAAAACCAAAUUUGUCUAUGUCUACAAAAUACUUUGGGCUAUAUGUGGAAACUUCAUUCCAUUGAUAGUACUGUUGUAUUGCAACAUCCGGUUAAUCAAAGCAUUGCAUUUGAGCAAACAACUUCGCUUACUACAUAGUCGUGACGACACUUCCUGUCUGUCUGCGCACAGACGAAUAAAUAUUACCCUGAUCACGAUCAUCAUACUGUUUUUUAUACUCGUGGCUCCAUCAGAAAUUACAAAAUUUAUCUUUUACAUCAUGAAAGAACAUACAACAGAUUAUUACACAUACAGAGUAGUCUCUGACGUCACGAAUACACUACAGUCUAUCAACUUCUCGGUCAACUUUAUUCUUUACUACGUCAUUAUUGCUCCAUUCCGUAAAACCCUCCAUGAGUUCGUGUGUGCAUUUAAAAAACCAAAACGUAACACAAUGACACGUGAUCGUUCUUCAAAUAGUGGGAAACAAACUGUUGUAUUGUUAUCUAUUAGAGAUCCAAACAAGUUGUAAGAACUAUAUGAUUACUUUUGUCUUAUGUCAUUAAUAAAAAGUAUU